UGGAGAUGGGCGGAAAACCAAUCGCGGUGGGUUUCAAAGGAAGCAGGCCUUUGGGUGUUUUUGAUAUGGACGAUGUAAGUUGUCUUAGAGAUUGCCGGAGAUGGGCGGAGAAGGAGGAGGACGGAGACAGAGAUGAACCAAAGAGUGGCGGAGUCCAUCUGAGAAGAUAAUGAUACGCCCAAUACAGCAAAAUGUUGAGAUUUUGUCGAGUUUAUAAACUAAAGAAGUUAUAGAGAAAGGUUUGAAUUUGGGUGUUUUUACUUUGAAUGCCACUGGAUUGUUUUACCGUUUGGGUUGGAGAUAAAUCAUAUCGUUGCAUUCACGGGUUGCCUAGAACGGAGGGAUCCAAACAUACAUAAUUAGGAGAGUGAUGAAGUAUAUGGCCCAGGGACCCUUGGCCCACAGACUCCUACUACUCCAACACAGGCUCAACAGACCCAAGAAGCGCAUGAGGCCCAAAACACCGCUGCCCAAGGUCAAAGGAACUCACGAUGCGCUUGGGGAUGCCUUCGGCACCAUAGCUGAAGGCUCCAAACCCCAGGAAACAGUUGAUUUCAGGUGUACGAAGCUACUGGGAGAAAACGACAGAAAUCAGGAGCCUUCGGCUCACAGGCGCCCUCGGCAUGAGGGUAGCCUUCGGCCACAGGAGAGCCUUCAGCUACACCGCACUCAUCGAAGAUUCCCUUUGGGGACAGACAACUUCCGCAUUUAAUGCGGCGUCACAUCCACUC